AUGCCAUUAUGCACGGUUGCCACCAUACUCCGUUUCGUCGCGGCUCGCCGUGCGGGGAGGAAGUUUGGGUGGGAAGAUAUAUUUGCUGCCCUGGCACUGCUCGCGUUUCUUGCCUACGGUGCUUUGGCUAUUGGGGGAUUCGCCGUCACUGGCGGUGUUAGUACCGACGAAUACACGCUCGACAUGGCUGUCACAACGUCAAAGAUGGCGUAUGCCGCAGCUCCUUUCUUCGAGAUCAACCAGCUUUUCGCCAAAGCCAGCUUAUUGGUUCUUUAUUAUAGGAUCUUCGCUACCAACCGGACAUUUGCGGUUUGCACUUGCGUUAUAGCCAUCAUUCAGAUGGCUUGGUUCAUUGCUAUAUUCUUCUCCCUCAUGUUUAUGUGCAUUCCUGUUCACAAGUGGUGGGAUGUGCAGGGCACUGUGGAGGGUUGGUGCAUGAACGACGCAGCCCUGCUAGCCGCGGAGGAGACUAUCAAUUCCGGUGUGGACUUCGCCAUGGUUGCGCUAGCUGUAUUCAUGGUUCGAAAAUUACAGAUGAAACCAUAUUUGAAGAGAAGACUUGCAGCCGUGUUCAUUACAGGCGGACUGUCCGGAAUUCUUGGCUUUGUAAAAAUCGGAGAAGUCUAUGCAAUCCCAGACGAGAAUGGAAGUAUGUAUACAUCACCACAGCUUGCAGCCUAUCUGUAUCCUUUCACUGCUAAAUGGUAUACCUCCAUCGAGUGGCCAAUGUCACCAAUGGAUUUUGGGAUCUACUGCAGAUGGCAUUAA